AUGCCGUCUCAACCACGCAUCCACCUCGUCCGCCAUGCGCAAGGUUAUCACAAUCUCGGCAGCGAGUUCCACUCCUUGCCAGACCCGAUGCUCACGCCGCUCGGUGAAUCCCAAUGCGCCGAGCUUCAACAGAAGCACUUCCCGCCAUCCUCACAGUCCAACAUCUCCCUGGUCACGGCCUCUCCGCUCUCUCGCACGCUGCACACCGCAUACCUCACCUUCUCGCCUGCGCUGUCGAACGGCAAAUGCUCGCCCCUCAUCUUGGCCAUCCCGGACGCUCAAGAAACGUCUGAUUUCCCGUGCGACACGGGCUCCGACCCCGACGUCCUCAAGGCCCGGUGCGCCGAGCACGGCUGGCCGGUCGACCUCUCGCUCGUGACCGAGGGGUGGAACGUCAAGACGCGCGACAGCCGCUACUCGCCCGCCAGCGAGGCCAUCGCGGCGCGCGCGCGUGACACGCGGCGUUUCCUGCGGCAAAAGGCCCGCGAGCUGACGUCCGACAAAGGCGACGAGAACGUCGAGAUGGUCCUGGUCACCCACGGCGGGUACCUCCACUACCUCACCAACGACUGGGAAGAGGCCAACAAGCUGGCCGGCACGGGCUGGGAGAACUGCGAGUUCCGCACCUACACCUUCGAAGCCGACUUUGGCUCCGACGCCGACUCGGACGCCUUCCUGACCGAGACCGCCGACUCGCGCCGCCGCCGCGGCAAGACCGAGCCGCAGUUCGACCACUGGACGCAGAAGCAGCUGUUCGAGCGCAUGAUGCAGGGCUGGGAGGACCAGGGCCUCCAGCGACCCGACAAGCUGGGCUCCGAGGACGAGGCGACCAAGUCUCUCGAGGACGACGUCGACGACGAAAAAAGGGCCGGCCAGGAACCCGCCGCGAAGAACAUGAGCGUCAACAAAGCCACGGGUGAGGUUGAGGUCCUCGCGUAG